AUGAACCAAGAUGCCAUUCGUGCCCUUAAGGCAUUCUACACUAGCUAUUCGAUGGAGAGCCUCAUAUCGGUAGUUGACGAUGCCAAUGACGAAUUCACCUUGAAAGCAUACUGGCGAAGUUACGACAUUGCCCCUUUGUCUAAUAUUCAGCAAGCAUUAAAGGACAUGAAGAGUGAGACCAUAAAAUUUAGCUGGAAGAAAUUAUUGCCGAACGUAGUGCACGACUAUCCAGGCUUCACUCUUGAAGAAAUUCAUCACUUAGCGGUGGAGAAGGCGGCGAGGCUGGCUCACAUCAUAAGGAAUGAAGGAUUUGUCGACAUGACAAAAGAAGACAUCAGCGCCCUUAUCGAUUGCCACUCGGACCAACUGACCGAUGAAGACCUCCUUGAGAUGACAAAGUUUGAAAGUGAGGAAGAAAACGAAGAGGAAGACGAAGAAGAAACUGAUAAGCGUGGCCUUACUCAGGAGAAUCUGCAACAAUUGUGCAACAUGGCAAGAGCGAUGCAACGAUUUGCACAAGACAUUGACCACGAUAUGGUUCGAGCAGUCGAGUUCAGCAAUUGCGUUGAAGGGGUUUUGUCCUUGCACAGGGAAAUUUUGAAGGAAAAGAAAAAACAAAGACAACAAUUACGCAUCACCAUGUUUCUCUGCAAGGUAAAGCCCCUGGCUCUACCGUCAGCUCCUCUAGCGGAAGAGUCUCCGAGUGAGCCUAGAGCUUCUACGAGUCAAGUGAGAGCCUCUUCUCCCCCACCAACACAAGACUCUUCGCCUCUCUCAGAAAGCAAUGUUGAUUAA